AUGGCCCUCUCACCCCGGGGGACCCUGAGUGUGGAGACCCUGGACCGCUCAGACUCUGACCUGCUGGACCAGGAGCCUUGGCAGGCCACCUGUGAAAUCCGGCUCCCAGGCAGAGGCCCACUAGCCACUUUCUCCCUCUGUACCUGCCCUUUCUCCCGGCGGGGUCUCCAUGUGGUUGUCCCAGUCCUGGAGCCGGACACAGAGCACAGCAUGGACGUCAUCCUGGUGGGCUCCAGCGAGCUGUCAGCGCCGGCUUCCCCCAGGCCCUGCAGAGAUCUUCUUGCAUAUGAAGUCAAGGUUAACCAGAGAGACAUAGAAGACAUGUGCAUCUGCUGUGGGAGCUUCCAGGUGCACACACAGCACCCUCUGUUUGAAGGGGGGAUGUGUGCUCCAUGCAAGGACAAGUUUCUGGACUGCCUCUUCCUGUACGACGAUGAUGGGUACCAGUCGUACUGUUCCAUCUGCUGCGCAGGAGAGACGCUGCUCAUCUGCGAAAACCCCGACUGCACCCGAUGCUACUGCUUCGAGUGUGUGGACACGCUGGUCGGCCCCGGGACCUCGGGGAAAGUUCAGGCCAUGAGCAACUGGGUGUGUUUCCUGUGCCUGCCCUUCCCCCGCAGCGGGCUCCUGCACAGGAGAAGGAAAUGGCGGGGCUGGCUGAAGGCCUUCUGUGACCGCGAGUCGGAGAAUCCCCUGGAGACGUAUAAAACAGUGCCCGUGUGGAAGAGAGAGCCGGUCCGGGUCCUGUCCCUUUUUGGGAACAUCCGGAGAGAGCUCGUGAGUUUGGGCUUCUUGGAGAGUGGUUCCGCCCCGGGAGGAUUGAAGCACUUGAAGCACUUGGACGAUGUCACAGAUGUUGUGAGGAGGGACGUGGAAGGAUGGGGCCCAUUUGACCUUGUGUACGGCUCCACACCCGCCCUUGGCCACGCUUGCGACCACCCUCCGGCGUGGUACCUGUUCCAGUUCCACCGCGUCCUGCAGUACGCGAGGCCCAGGCCAGGCAGCCAGCAGCCCUUCUUCUGGAUGUUCGUAGACAAUCUGGUGCUGAGCCAAGAUGACCAGACCGUAGCCACUCGCUUCCUGGAGGCCGACCCGGUGACCAUCCAGGACGUCUGCGGCCGGGCCGUCCAGAACGCCGUGCAUGUGUGGAGCAACAUCCCAGCUGUGAGAAGCAGGCACUCUGCCCCGGCUUCCCGCGAGGAAUUGACCCUGCUGGCUCAGGACAGGCAGAGAACGAAGCCCCCCGCCCAGGGGCCCGCCAAGCUGGUGAAGAAUUGUUUUCUCCCCUUGAGAGAAUAUUUCAAGUAUUUUUCAACAGGACUCACUUCCUCUUUAUAAAUGAUUUAUUUUACUAUGAAGAAAAAAAGACUUUUCCUAGAACCAGGCAACUUUCCUUACAUUGUUUCUUUUUUCCUUUCCAAA